AUGCUCUCGACUAUAGCCAAGCGAGGCAUUUGUUUUACGCAACCGGCGCGUCGUGGAUUCCACGGUACAGGGCUGAUUUAUUCUUCUGAAGAUUCUGUAGGUCGUGCAACUAGACUUCAUUAUGCGCAUCGUCGAGUACCCGAGACUUUUGGGAAGCUUGUUGAGCCUGAGCAACAACAACAACAGGAAGACUCUUCCUUGGACAUAUUGGCUGAGCCUGCUGCAGCAUCCGAAAAAGUGCGAGUAGUUCCUCUUGAGGCGUUUCAAACGGAGCGCUUUGUAGAGCGUGAGAAGCCUGGAUCAAAGGUUCUUGGUGACCGAUCGGCCGGUGCUAAAUCUAGGUUUGAUCCACGCACUUUGGCCGGCCACGCACACCAGGGUACCACACUGCGAGUGCCGAUGCGCAUGGCCACCACCAUCAACGAUUCGCUGUUACGCCACAGCGGUCAUAACCCUCAGAAAGUGCGUGAGAGAGCUGCUCAAUAUUACGUCGAGCUCAACACUGGGUCUCGAUUCAAGCCUGGCAUCACCAACAAGGAAACACCUCGGCGAACCAAGGAGACCACAUCUGGAGGGUUUCAUCGACCUACGGAUGACCCUCUGGAUGUGGAUGCACACAUGGCAGGUGUAUUUUUACAAAAUUAUGCCAGCAUUUUUGCAGCUGUUUCAGAGACGAAGCGACGGAUGGAUGCAAAUCUGGAGCGGUUACGCAAGGCCGGACACAAAAACGUGCCCAAGGAAUGGCGGCCAGAACGUGUUUUGGAUAUUGGGUUUGGACCAGCAACCGGAAUGGCUGUAAUUAACGAGGUGUUUUCACGGGACCCAGGGUUUGGACCUAGCCGCAAAACGGCUGUUAUUAUUGGUCACCCGUAUAUGGCAAAGCGAGCACGGGAGGUUCUUGGGAGUCAAGCUAAAGAGGUUCUUGAGUUUGUGCACUUGCCUCGGGAGGCUGCGGAGGAGUCGAUGGCGGAACUUGAGGAGACUCGUGCGGCCCAAGAGCUUGCUGAUUUGGAGCGAGGAGAGGGACGGACUGUGGAGUAUUCUACCAUUACGAAAAUCACUCAACAAGUGCCUGUAAACCCUGCAGGAGAAAUGGCUAAUUCGAGGAAAUAUGAUUUGAUUGUGGCUACUCACCAGCUGUACCGAGGCGAUGCGCGGUUCCCAGACUCUGUGGACGAGCGAACAGAGCAGUUGCUUGGUCUUCUUGCUCCUGGGGGUGCUCUUGUGUUUGUGGAACGUGGUGAUCCUCAUGGAGCAGAGGCAGUAGCUCGAGCUCGUCAAGUUAUGUUUCGUCCUGAGAAUUAUGAUGUUGAGGUUGGGAAGCCAGCGGCACGGCCAUGGAAGGGAGGUAAACGAUUACGGCCUGUGGAUGCUACUACGGAGGAGCGUGAACUAAGUUCUGAGGAGAUUUCAGAGCUUGAUCUUCCACCAGAGCUUUUGGCUGAGUACGAUGUUGUUGAAGAGUCGAGUGGGUCUUCUUCUUCUUCUUCUUCUACUGGUUCGUAUAACCUACAAGUGCUUGCGCCAUGCACCCACCUUAACAAGUGUCCGUUGCAAAUUGGGAUCCAGGCCCGGACACGCGACACGUCUGCGAAAUUCAACUGGUGUCGGUUUGGACAAAUUGUACAGCGGCCCAAGUUUUCUCAGGAACUUAAGAAGGGAGUUUUCCUUGCUGCGAAAUGGGCUGGUAAGGCUACAGGACGAGCAAAGGAUGGUCGUGGGUUAGCCGGCAGUGGUCGGCCACAUGCACGGUCAUACGAAACUGCUGUGUUUAGUUAUUUAUCUGUGAUGCGAGAGCCUGAAGAGGCUGGGAUAACAAGAGGAGAGCCCGAAAGCCGGAUCAUGCGUGCACCGCAGAAGCGGGACGGGCACGUGGUGAUGCACGUGUGCUCGGAACGCGGAGCGAUGGAAGAAUGGAUAGUGCCACGGUCGUUUGGCAAGCAAGCGUACCAUGAUGCACGCAAAGCAUCUGGAGGUGACUUAUGGGUGCUUGGGGCCAAAACGCGGGUCGUCAAGGCUGGGGCUCAAGAAAAGUUAGAGCAAUUUUUAUCAGGCAAGACCAAGUCAGAGGAAGAGGAAGGUGAAGGGGAAGGUGAAGAAGAAGGUAAAGGAGAAGGAGAAGAGGAGACAUUUGCUUAUGAUGAAGCAUGGACUUCUAGAAAAGAUAAACGUAAAGCUGCAAGGGCUCGCGUGCGUGAGGAAAGACGAGCAGAGCGUGAGCUACGAGGAGAAUUGGGAGGCCAUAAAGCAUUUGCCAGUCGUGAUGAUGGAGCAGUUUUCCGUGGUCAUGAUCCUCUUCCUGAGCAUUUGGCUGAGCACUACGGGGUUGAAGAUACUGGACCGUUUGGAGGAGAUGGUCGACGAUGA